CGUAUAUAUAAGUAUAUAUAUAGGUCCGGGGACGGAAGGUAACUUGUCUGUACUCUUAAUCCACUUGGGCUUGUUCGCUGUGAUGAUUAGUUACGAAAACGCAGCAUUUAAAGACUCGACGGAGAGUCGUCAGAAAGAAUCGGGAAAUGUCUAUUUGGUUGAGGAAGAUGCCUUGCAUUGUGAGGAGGAAAUUCGGGAGCGCGGGAGAGAAAAUAAAAUUCAAGAAGAUUCACGUGAAAGAAGAACGCGCCUCCUGAAGCAGUCCCUGAUGGUGUGUCUCAGCAGCCUAGGAAUGUGGACCACCGGUAGCGUCAUCGGCUUCUCAUCCGUUAUCGCCUACGACCUGGAAACUCACAACACGACCAUUUACGGACACCCAAUAACCCUCUCCAGCGAGGAGUUCGAUCAGCUGAGCAGCCUGAAGAGUAUAGCGGCCAUACCCGGUGCAUGUGUCAUAGCUUCAGUGAUGACGCUCUGGGGACGCCGUCUGUGUAUGGCUGUGUCAGGACUGUUUAUGAUCGUAGGAUGGCUUGGAAUUGUACUUAUACCUGGCGUGAAUGGAAUGCUGAUUUCCAGAUUCAUAUCUGGAUUUGGAAUUGGUGGUCUCAGCAUCUCCAUCAACACGUACGUCGUUGAGCUUGCUGACCUCGAGGUCAGGGGCACUAUGGCUGCCAUUAUCACAAUUGGCAUCAUUGGUGGUCAGGUGGUGACAAUGGCUCUUGGCUACGCCUUCAGGUACUAUACUGUUGGUCUGUUAUUAAUGAUUUUCCCAAUUCUAUUUCUUCUGUCUCUGGUCUGGUUGCCCGAAGGUCCGAGUGUCUUAAUCGUCCAAGGUCGGGAGGAAGAUGCUCGCAAAGCACUGGUCAGACUUCGGGGGAAAUACGCAGACAUCGACGCUGAAGUCCAAGUCUACAAAGACAUGAAUAAAGUAACCGAAGACAACCGUUCACCCUGGAGAGAGCUGGUCACUCGUGAACCACUCAUAGAUCUAGCUAGAGUCAGCAUCUUAUUCGUCAUAAUGCAUUUUACAGGGUAUUACGUUGUGACAGCCAAUAUUGCAAGGAUAUUCAAUGAGGCGGGGUCAGCCAUUGACAACAGCAUAGCUUCUGUUAUAGUUUCAUCUGUACAGCUCGUGGCUAGCGCUUUUGCAAGCAUCCCAAUCGAUAAACUAGGGAGAAGAAAGAGCCUGAUUAUGUCCUACAGCAUAAUGAGCGUACCCUUGGCAGUAAUGGCUGCUUACUUCGGCAUUUUCAGUGACGAUACGCAAGAAGAGACCAACCCGUAUGGUUGGAUCCCUGUUGUCUGUUUGGUGACUUCUCAAGCAGCAGUGGUUCUGGGUGCAAACCCUAUUCCUUUCAUUCUCAGCAAUGAAUACUUCCCCACUUUUAUUCGCCCUCAGGCUAGCAGCAUUUGUUUUGUCAUUGCCACCUUUAUGGGAUUCAUAGUCCUCCAGUUUUACACCCCGAUGGUCGAAGGGAUGACUCUGGCUGGAGUCUUUGCAUUUUACGCCUGUUCGUGUGUCGCUGGCAUUCCUUACACAUUCUUCUUCAUAAAGGAAACCAAGGGAAAGCAUGUUGGUUGAUGCCUUAAGGGCCAUUGACCUGUACGCUGCUCUUCUUACCCAGACUUAGCUUGCCCUGACUGGGUAAGGCGGGUAAACAUUCUCAAAGUGUGUGCACUUGGAGUCUCAAGACAUACACGUGUCAGUAUAUUGACGAACAGACAAGCGUCAAGGAUCUAUGGGGUAGGACUGCUGUCUGUUUCAUUGUUUCGGGCAAUAAACAGAAGAAUGCAGGAAGAAAUAAUUAAUAUGAUAGCAUGUAAUAAUAAAAUGCCAGUAAUCUAUAAGACACAAGUGAUUUUCACUAUUCCACGAGUAGUUGAAAGGUAAAACAAUGCAAUUCUAAAACUGAUGUACCUUAAGCAAUAUACAUAUAUCCAGCAUUUAGACGUUAUCUUAUCUUAGUUUGGAUAUUAUAAUUGUUGUGAGCUGCUGUGAGAUAUUGCCAGGAAAACACACUCGACUGCCAAAAUGUUGGUGUGACAUCACAAGUGCAUUAUAAGAAAAUAAGUAAAGAAAGUUAGAUUAUUUAUUACCAGUAAACCACAGUUUCAUUUGGUGAUAUAUGAGAGAUUGAGUCUGAAUCUACUUCUCAUUUUUGCCAUGUCUUGUGUCCAAUUUUGGGUCAUUAGCUUAAGUGAAAAGUAAUAUACAAGAUCAAAGUUAGCGUAUGAACAUGUCGGAGAAUUUGCUUCUUUUAUUUCUCAGCUAUUUUGGGAUAAGUAACCUUUCUAUCAUCCAUCAAUGAUCGUGGCCCUGAUUCACGUGUGAUAUCAAAACUGCCCUUGGCCAUAUCUAUCUUUUCUUCAUUUUUUUUCAUGUACGUAAUAGGCAUUGUCUGUAGGGCGUGGAUACAAAUGUUAAGUACUCAGAUAAUACAAAUAUCGCUGUAAUAUAGCUGUUUAGCCAUUUUGUCAUAAAUGUGUUACCAUUUGCUUGCCUUGACUGGGCUAUGAGUUCAUGGUUAAUAUAAGUCUCAUCUAUCCUUAUAUUUACUCUUUUUUCCCGACAAUGCUUAUGAUCAUUGUUAUGCCUAUUUAAUACCACAUUGAAGGUAGAAGAUCUAUUCAAAUCCUUUUUUUUACUGGAUUCAGUCUCGUCCCAAAUAUUUCCAUAAAACAUGUU